UUAUCACAUUCAAUCAUGAGACUGACAUCAGGAUCAGAGCAAAUCAGUGAGAUUGAAAGACUUCAGCCUACCCAGCUCUCCUAACAUGAAGACGUUCACUGUUGCGAUUGCCGUAGCCCUCAUGCUCACAUUUCUCUGUAUCCGGGUGAGCUCUGCUGUCCCAACAACUGAGGGUCCUGCACUGAUGGAGGUGCUGACUGACGACGAGGCGCUCACUGCAGAGCAAGAUAUGCCAGAGGAAUCCUGGAAUACGCCGUAUGACUCGGUCCAGAUGCGCCGCCGCCGCCGUCGCUGUCGUUUCUGCUGUGGCUGCUGCCCCAACAUGGUUGGCUGUGGAACCUGCUGCAGAUUCUGAGGAGUCCUGCGCCAGACUGCAGAUCCUUAAACCACCGUAGAAAUGUAUUUUUGGACAAGUUUUGAUAAACCAGUUUUACUGUUUAAACUGUCCCUAUAUUUAUGCAGGAACACAUGAAAUGUAAUUUUGAUGCAAAUGCGUAUUCUGAUUUUAUUGUACCAAUAGUUUGUUAAAUAAUCAUAGAUCAAACAGGAUUUUCUAAUUAAAAUCAUUUACUACA